UAAAGAAAAAGGGAAAACUGUACUUGUGACGGAGAGCAAAGAGAGAGAGAGAGAGAGAAUGAGUUGAGUGAAUAAUUCCAUCAUCUCCUAUCUCCUAUUUCUCUCUCUCUCUCCGCAAACCAAACCAAACCAGAACUGUACUUGAUGGCUUCCGGGAGCAGAGCAAGCUCAAGGGUCCAGAACCAAUCUUCCACACCCUCCACAAGCGCCAGAGUCGAUUCCAUGAGCAAAGCCAUUGCCCAGUACGCCCUCGAUGCCAGACUACACGCCGUCUACGAACAGUCCGGCGAGUCCGGUAAGUCCUUCGACUACUCCCAGUCCAUCAAAACCACCACCGACUCCAUCGCCGAACAACAGAUGACCGCUUACUUAUCCAAAAUCCAACGAGGCGGUCACAUACAGCCCUUCGGCUGCAUGAUUGCCAUUGACAACACCACUUUCCGAGUCAUCGCCUUCAGCGAAAAUGCCAGAGAAAGACUCGGUCUCGCUCCCCAGUCUGUUCCCAGCCUCGACAAGCCUGAAAUCUUGACAAUUGGGACCGAUGUCAAGACCCUUUUCACCCCUUCAAGUGCUCUCCUCCUUGAAAGGGCUUUUCGGGCCCGUGAGAUUACCCUUUUGAACCCUGUUUGGGUUCAUUCCAAGAAUUCUGGUAAACCCUUUUACGCUAUUUUGCAUAGGAUUGAUGUCGGUAUUGUUAUUGAUUUGGAACCUGCUAGAACCGAGGAUCCUGCUUUGUCUAUUGCUGGGGCUGUGCAGUCCCAGAAGCUCGCUGUUCGCGCUAUUUCUAACUUGCAGGCUUUGCCCGGUGGUGAUAUUAAGCUCUUGUGUGAUACGGUUGUGCAGAAUGUCAGGGAGCUUACGGGUUAUGAUCGGGUUAUGGUGUAUAAGUUUCAUGAGGAUGAACAUGGUGAGGUUGUCGCCGAAAGCAAGCGGCCCGAUUUGGAUCCUUAUAUCGGGUUGCAUUAUCCUGCUACUGAUAUACCGCAGGCUUCCAGGUUCUUGUUUAGGCAGAAUCGUGUGAGGAUGAUUGUCGAUUGUCAUGCUAACCCGGUUCGUGUGGUUCAGGAUGAUAAUUUGAUGCAACCGCUGUGUUUAGUGGGUUCAACGCUUCGAGCGCCUCAUGGUUGUCAUGCUCAGUACAUGGCCAACAUGGGUUCGAUUGCUUCGUUGGCCUUGGCGGUUAUUAUAAACGGAAAUGAAGAUGGCGCGAGUGGAAGAGGGACGAUGGGGCUGUGGGGGUUGGUGGUCUGUCAUCAUACUUCUGCUCGAUGCAUUCCGUUUCCUUUACGAUACGCGUGUGAAUUCUUGAUGCAAGCGUUCGGGCUCCAGUUAAACCUAGAAUUACAAUUGGCUUCACAAAUGUUAGAAAAGCGGAUUCUAAGAACGCAGACUUUGUUGUGUGACAUGAUUCUUCGAGAUUCACCAACAGGUAUCGUGACUCAAAGUCCAAGUAUCAUGGAUCUUGUGAAAUGUGACGGGGCGGCGCUUUAUUAUCAAGAAAAAUACUACCCGUUAGGGAUUACACCGACCGAAUCACAAAUCAAAGAUAUUGUUGAGUGGUUAUCAGCCUGUCAUACAGAUUCAACCGGUUUAAGCACCGAUAGCUUAGCCGAUGCAGGGUACCCGGGUGCAGCUUCACUUGGUGAUGCGGUUUGUGGAAUGGCGGUUGCUUACAUAACUUCUAAAGAUUUCUUGUUUUGGUUUCGGUCCCACACCGCAAAAGAAAUCAAAUGGGGUGGAGCUAAGCAUCAUCCUGAAGAUAAAGAUGACGGUCAAAGAAUGCAUCCGCGUUCUUCGUUUAAUGCAUUUUUAGAAGUUGUGAAAAGUAGAAGUUCGCCAUGGGAGAAUGCAGAAAUGGAUGCAAUUCAUUCUUUACAGCUUAUUUUAAGAGAUUCGUUUAAAGAUCCUGAUGAAAACAAUUCGAAAGCGGUUGUUAAGGUUCAAAUGGAAGAAAUGGGGUUGGAAGGGGUGGAUGAACUUAGCUCGGUUGCAAGAGAAAUGGUUAGAUUGAUUGAGACUGCAACUGCUCCUAUAUUUGCUGUGGAUGUCGAGGGUCGAAUAAAUGGAUGGAAUGCGAAGAUUGCAGAAUUGACGGGUUUAUCAGUUAAUGAAGCCAUGGGAAAGUCCUUGGUUCGAGAUCUCAUUUAUAAAGAAUCAGAAGAAACUGUUACCAAACUUCUUGAUCAUGCUUUACAAGGUGAAGAAGAUAAGAACGUCGAGAUCAAACUAAGGACAUUUAAUUUGGCACAAGAUGAAGACGCUGUUUUUGUGGUUGUUAAUGCUUGUUCUAGCAAGGAUUACACGGAUAAUAUUGUUGGAGUUUGUUUUGUUGGUCAAGAUGUUACAAGGCAAAAAGUCGUAAUGGACAAAUAUGUUCAAAUUCAAGGUGAUUACAAGGCGAUCAUUCAUAAUCCCAGCGCUCUAAUUCCACCCAUAUUUGCAUCGGAUGAGAACACAUGUUGCUCUGAGUGGAACACCGCCAUGGAGAAACUCACCGGAUGGGCCCGUGAAGAAGUUAUAGGGAAAAUGUUGAUUGGGGAGAUUUUUGGAAGUUGUUGUCGCUUAAAGGGUCCCGAUUCCUUGACAAAGUUCAUCAUCAUUUUGCAUAAUGCGAUUGGAGGGCAGGAUACUGAUAAACAUGUGUUUUCAUUUUUUGAUCGGCGUGGAAAGUACGUGCAAGCUUUGUUGACAGCAAAUAAAAGGCUUAGUUUGAGUGGUGAGGUUAUGGGAGCAUUUUGUUUCUUGCAAAUUGCCAGCCCAGAGUUACAGCAAGCUAUGAAAGUACAACGGCAACAAGAAAAUAGAUGUUUCGAGAGGAUGAAAGAGUUGGCAUAUAUCUGUCAUGAGAUCAAGAAUCCAUUAAGUGGCAUUAGAUUUUCUAAUUCUCUUUUGGAAGCAACAAAUCUAACCGAUGAUCAAAAGCAGUUGUUGGAAACGAGUGCCGCAUGCCAGAAACAGAUGUUAAAGAUUGUGAAAGAUGUUGAUAUGGAGAAUAUUCAAGAGGGUCAUUUGGAGCUUGAAAAGCACGAUUUUGUACUUGGGAGCGUAAUCGAUGCUGUGGUUAGCCAAGCAAUGUUUGCUUUGAGAGAUGGAGGCGUACAACUGAUCCGUGAUAUCCCCGAGGAAGUCAAAACUUUGACCGUGUAUGGUGAUCAAACAAGGGUUCAACAAGUUUUGACCAACUUUUUGCUGAAUAUGGUUCGCCAUUCACCCUCCCCUAACGGCUGGGUGGAAAUUCAAGUUCGACCUACUUUGAAACAGAUUUUCGAUGGAAUGAGUGAUGUGCAUAUUGACUUUAGGAUUGUGUGCCCGGGUAAUGGUCUUCCAGCGGAACUGGUUCAAGACAUGUUUCAUAGCAGUGGUAGUCAAUGGAGCAGUGAGGAAGGUUUAGGACUGAGCAUGUGCCGGAAAAUCUUAAAACUUAUGAACGGGGAUGUUCAGUACAUAAGAGAAUCCGAACGAUGUUAUUUCCAUAUCAUGCUUGAACUAUCUGUUCCACAUAGAACCUGAAACCCAACCCAACCCAACUGACCGAGAAACUUGUUCAGGUACAAAUAAACAAGCAAAGGACGUUGUUGUCGUUAGAGAGUGUAUGUAUUUGUAUGUGGACCUGUAUGUUUUAAAAUAAAAUAAACAUAUUCAUAUGAUACAGAAAGAAGUUAAGUUAGUUAUCUCACAUCAAAUAUGUUAAAAGAGUAUUGUAAUGCAUUAUUUUGACUUGCUGAUGAUGAUGGCGUUUACAAUAA